AUGGAAAGCGUGAAGAAUCUCAAGACGCCAAAGAACGACAGGCAAGGGUUUAUCUCGCGCGCGCGCGAGAACGUCGAUCAAACCGUCGCAUGCCGCAUUCCAACCCCAGACCAAGUCACACCCCCUUAUCCCACCGUACCCAAAGAGUCCCAAUCCCUACAAGGCGCAAGACGCAGCUGUGUCAUGCCAAAUAUUCUAGACGAAUCCCACCGUGUUAAGCGUGGGACUAUUCUGCUUCGACGACGAAUUAGUCUCGCCCUAGCUCCCCGGCCCGCACCACCCAACCGCCCCAUCAGGCGAUCCAGAAAUUCUUCAACUGCCGAAAGCAGACACCAGCAUCACAGACCAUGGGCUUUUUCCAAGGUUCGAUAUCCUAGCUCCCGGUCUCGCGGCGACGAACGUUUGUCAGGUGGAAACAUGACACGCCCGUGCUUGGGAGAAAGGGGAACUUGGGCGAACAUGGGAGAGGCCUCUUCCGCCCCCGGCAGGCGGGAUGUGGAGGGAGACACACACCCACUUUGCCCAGAGACAGUAUCGUACACUCGUGUCUGA